AUGGUUCCCCUUUCCAUGUUCAAAUCAGUUAUUAUCUUCGCCAGUAUUCUGCUUCUCGCCUCAGCUGAGGAUGGAAAGUGCCCCCCAUCUUUCGACUGUGGUUUUCUUGGACUCAUCAAAUUCCCUUUCACAAGCACACUGCGACCACACUGCGGCGUAUUGCCUAUACGUGGCUGUGAAGAUUAUAAUGCUUACGCUCCCAAAACCAUCCAACUCAUUAAAAGCUCAACAUCAACAUCCUACCCUGUUCUACAGGUUGAACCUCGUACCAUAGUGAUCAGAGAUGAUUAUCAAUAUAAAAAUAUCCGAAACAGAAGUUGCAAAGCCUUCAGCAACAACAUUACUCUUCCACACACCUCUCCUUUGGCUUCUUUCUACAUCAAAUAUAAUAUCACUAUCUUCAGAUGCAAUCACUCCCUCAAUAUCCCCGUUCCCAAAAUUUUUAAUAAAUAUUCGACCUGUUCUGAAUACAAUAUCUACUAUGGCCCUGCCAAUACUGAAAUGCCUCGGGGCUACCAGCGGCCCAGCUCUCUAGCACCAUGUUCCACAAUUCAGCAUGCCGUAGUAGAUAAGUGUAGUGACGACCCCUUUCAAUGUCUGUCGGGUGAUACAGCUAUCGAAGUACAAUUAUCUGAAGAUUGUGAAGAGUGUCUUGCUCACAGAAGAGGCCAAUGUCAACUUGACAGUGAAGGAAAAUUCUACUGCGCCAAAGAGGAUAGAAAUUUGGCGUGGAAAUUAGGAUUAGGUAUUGGACUUCCUGGAAUUAUUAUAAUUGGACUACUGAUUAUAUGUUACUACAAACUAAGAUGUGCGUCUGAUGUCUACUCAAAUCCACACCUAGAGAGUGCCAGUAUCUACUUCGGAGUUCCUGUAUUCACCUAUAAGGAUCUUAAAAUAGCAACAAAAAGUUUUGAUCGUUCUCGAGAACUAGGAGAAGGAGGAUUUGGGAUUGUUUACUACGGAAAACUCCACGAUGGACGUGAAGUUGCUGUGAAGCGCUUAUAUGAACACAACUAUAGGCGAGUAGAACAAUUCAUGAAUGAAAUCAAGAUCCUCACUCGCUUGCGCCACAAAAAUCUAGUGUCUUUAUAUGGCUGCACAUCACGUCACAGCCAUGAACUAUUGCUUGUCUAUGAAUACAUUUCAAAUGGGACUGUUGCUAGCCACCUCCGUCACGAAUCAACAAAUCCUGGGUUUUUGGGAUGGCCCAUCCGACUGAAAGUGGCCAUAGAGACUGCCACUGCAUUGGCUUAUCUCCAUGCCUCUGACAUUAUUCAUCGUGAUGUGAAAACAAACAACAUUCUCCUUGACAACACUUUUUGUGUUAAAGUUGCUGAUUUUGGAUUGUCAAGAUUGUUCCCUAAUGAUGUCACCCACGUUUCCACAGCUCCACAGGGAACUCCUGGUUAUGUGGAUCCUGAAUAUCACCGAUGCUAUCAGCUCACAAGCAAGAGUGAUGUUUAUAGCUUUGGGGUUGUCCUUAUUGAGCUUAUAUCAUCUAUGCCUGCUGUUGAUAUGACUCGACAUAAGGAUGAGAUUAACUUGGCAGAUUUAGCUGUUAGGAAGAUUCAAAAAAGUGCAAUUCAUGAGUUGGUGAAUCCUUCCCUCGGUUUUGAGUCAAAUAGUGAUGUUAAAAGGAAAAUAACUUCAGUAGCAGAAUUGGCAUUUCAGUGCUUGCAACGAGACAAAGAGUUGAGACCCUCUAUGGAUGAGGUUUUGGAGGUGCUAAAGAGAAUUGAAAGUGAGAAGGAUGAGUCUGGUCAUCUAGAGAAAAUAAUAGUUCGUGGUGAAGGGAUUUCACACAGUGAUGUACUUCCAUUACCACCACCUUCACCGGAUCAUGAUGAGGUGAAACUCUUGAGGAAUAUGAAGUUGGCACCUUCGCCAAAGGCUGUGACAGAGAAAUGGGACAGUCAAUCCACUAGUCCUAAUGUCAGCGCUGAAUCGUCAAGCCAAAUCUAAUAUGUCACUUAUGAUUUAAAGAUAGAUUUUUUACUUUAUGAGAGUUUUUUUGGUAAUAAAUGUAAUUCAUAAUAAUUUGUUAGUACCUGAUCUUGAUCUUGGAGGAGGAUCUUAAACAUUUGUUUGUACGUCUAAUCUUGAUUGUACAUAAGGGGUGCUUUAAGAAUAAUAUUUAGAAAUAUCC